UACAUUUAAUCACUGGGAAACAACAUUGAAAUGAGGGUGUUUCAAAAUAUUUUACUUGCAAUUGCGGGCUUCUGCCUUGUGAGUGCUGUAUUCGGAGAUGAAGAGUCCAAAGAUGUGGGCACUGUGAUUGGAAUUGACUUGGGAACAACAUAUUCAUGUGUUGGAGUGUUUAAGAAUGGACGAGUGGAGAUCAUUGCCAAUGACCAAGGAAACCGUAUUACCCCAUCAUAUGUGGCUUUCACUGCGGAGGGUGAUCGACUUAUCGGAGAUGCUGCUAAGAAUCAACUUACCUCCAACCCAGAAAAUACCGUUUUCGACGCAAAGAGAUUAAUUGGCCGAGCCUGGUCAGAGAAGGGUGUUCAGUCGGAUCUCAAAUACUUUCCAUUCACAGUGAAGAAUAAGAACAGCAAACCACAUGUUGAAGUUAAUGUAAAAGGACAAAAGAAGGUGUUUGCUGCCGAAGAAAUCAGUGCCAUGGUUUUGGGCAAAAUGAAGGAAAUUGCUGAAGCGUAUCUUGGCAAAACUGUGACACAUGCUGUGGUAACUGUCCCUGCUUACUUUAAUGAUGCACAGAGAACUGCAACCAAGGAUGCUGGUGUUAUUGCAGGAUUAAAUGUCAUGAGAAUCAUUAAUGAACCAACUGCUGCAGCUAUUGCAUAUGGUCUUGACAAAAAAGAGGGAGAAAAGAAUAUUCUUGUUUUUGAUUUGGGCGGCGGUACUUUUGAUGUUUCUAUGCUUACUAUUGACAAUGGGGUGUUUGAGGUCAUUUCAACAAAUGGAGAUACUCAUCUUGGUGGUGAAGAUUUUGACCAACGUGUAAUGGACUACUUCAUGAAGCUGUACAAGAAGAAGAGAGGUAAAGAUAUGAGACGAGACAACCGUGCUGUACAGAAGCUUAGACGAGAAGUUGAAAAGGCAAAGAGAGCGCUCUCAUCCAGUCAGGUCGCAACUGUGGAAAUUGAAAGUUUCUUUGAAGGCGAAGAUUUCUCUGAAACUCUCACCAGAGCCAAGUUUGAGGAACUCAACAUGGACCUUUUCCGUUCCACAAUGGUUCCAGUGAAGAAAGUCCUCGAAGAUGCUGACCUCACUGUUAAAGAUGUGGACGAAGUUGUUCUUGUUGGAGGUUCCACCCGCAUCCCAAAGAUCCAACAACUUGUCAAGGAUCACUUCAAAGGAAAGGAACCAAACCGUGGUAUCAACCCUGAUGAAGCUGUUGCUUUUGGUGCUGCAGUGCAAGCUGGUGUGCUUGGGGGAGAAUCUGACACCGGUGAUCUUGUCCUUCUUGAUGUUUGCCCACUCACCCUUGGUAUUGAAACCGUUGGAGGUGUGAUGACAAAACUUAUCGGUAGAAACACUGUGGUUCCAACUAAGAAAUCCCAAAUUUUCUCAACCGCCAGUGACAACCAGCCUACUGUUACAAUCAAUGUUUUGGAAGGUGAAAGAGCAAUGACGAAGGAUAACCAUCACUUGGGCAAGUUUGACCUCACUGGAAUCCCCCCUGCUCCACGUGGAGUUCCUCAGAUCGAAGUGACAUUUGAGAUUGAUGUGAAUGGUAUACUCCGUGUGUCCGCAGAGGACAAGGGAACCGGUAACAAAGAAAAGAUUACAAUCAAGAAUGACGACAACAGAUUGUCAAAAGAAGACAUUGAAAGGAUGGUACAAGAUGCAGAGAAAUUUGCAUCAGAGGAUCAAAAGCUUAAAGAGAAGGUUGAUGCCAAGAAUGAGCUUGAAAGUUAUGCCUACUCUCUCAAGAACCAAGUUGGUGACAAAGAAAAGUUGGGUGGCAAGCUGUCAGAUGAAGACAAAGAAACUGUUACUAAAGCUGUUGAAGAAACCAUUAAGUGGUUGGAUGACCAUCAGGAGGGAGCAGAGAAAGAAGAUUAUGAAGCACAGAAGAAGAAGAUGGAAGAAGUUGUUCAACCUAUUGUUUCAAAGAUUUACCAAGGCGGAGAAGGUGGCGCUCCACCCCCACCUGGUGGUGAAACUGAGGACAAGGACGAGUUAUAGUUUCUUUCUUUUUAAACUCUCCCAGCGGACUAGUUAGGCAAAACUUCAUGCGCCAUUUACUACGAAAACGCAGUAUACGUUUCUAAAAGAAAAAUCCUCUUAAUUUCUGGAUGAAUUUUUCGGUGUUGCACUGUAUUCUUCAUCAUGCACAUUAUAAAGGGCUUAUCCAAUUACUUGGAAACCCCACUGAAAAUGAAGCAGCCUUGCUCCCUGCAGUGAACAUUGUUCCAGAUUCACUGACCAAAUAAACGAAGUAUUUAUUUAA